GACGAACCACAAAUUCGAAAAUUGCUCCAAAUAAACUUGGAAUCUAAUGAUUAUAAAGUAAUACAAGCAGCCACGGGGAAUGAAGGUAUUUCGUUGUGCGCGUCACAUACACCCGAUUUAGUUUUGUUAGACAUAGGUUUACCAGAUAAGAGUGGUCAGGAAGUAUUACUAGAACUGAGAGAAUGGUAUCAUAAUCCCAUCAUCAUGCUGAUCAUCAAAAAAAACAACGAACUACUUAAACUUACUUCAACGGAAUACAAUCUACUUGCAUUAUUUGCCAAAAAUGAAGGAAAAGUCUUAACCCAUCAAUACAUCCUCCGUGAAAUAUGGGGAAUCGGUUACCAGACGGAAACCCAAUAUCUCCGUGUAUUUGUCGGUACAUUGCGCAAAAAAAUAGAAUCAGAUUACACAAAUCCUUUGCACAUUAUUACGGAAAGUGGUGUA